GACGUUGUUAUUUUCUAGCAAUUACUUCACACAUGCGUUUGAACUAGAAGCCUGUGGUGAUGGGAUUGAACCAAAGGUCUGUUAAUUCCUUUACGUUAAUGGCCUCUGUUUAGAAAGACUGCUGAGAAACAUCUGUUUGGAGAUGUUGUUUUACGAUGGGAAUGCAUACUUGACUUUUAAGCACAGAAUUUCCCUGAUCUGGAAUUUCUUCUUCACACACAGCCAGGAUCGUUUGCAGUACGUUCAGGUCUUUGUCGACGAAACAUGACACGAACGCUGCUUUUGGUUGGAGUCCUAAUAGCCACAAUGGCUUCCGUCAAAGCAAGGCCAAAAUCAGUCGAACCAAGAUGUAAAUCCGGCCCGGUCGACCUUGUCUUCAUCAUUGACGGCUCUCGCAGCGUCCGCCCCCAUGAGUUCGAAACGAUGCGCAAGUUCAUGAUAGACAUCAUCCACGAACUGGACGUCGGCCUGGAUGCUACGAGAGUUGGUGUGGUGCAAUACUCCAGCCAAGUCCAGAACGUGUUUUCCCUUAAAGCCUUCAACAAACCGGAGCAGAUGGUCAAAGCCAUCAAUGAGAUCAUUCCACUGGCCCAGGGCACCAUGACCGGCCUGGCCAUCCGUUAUGCCAUGAAUGUCGCGUUCUCCGCUGUUGAAGGUGCUCGUCCCAAAGUACCACACGUAGCUGUCAUCGUGACGGAUGGCCGCCCUCAGGACCGAGUGGCCGAAGUCGCGGCUGCUGCGAGAGAGUCUGGGAUCGAGAUCUACGCCGUCGGUGUCGCCAGGGCCGAUAUGACAUCACUCAGAGCGAUGGCCUCACCACCGUUUGAAGAUCACGUGUUCCUCGUGGAGAGUUUUGACCUGAUUCAUCAGUUUGGGCUGCAGUUCCAAGACAAACUUUGUGGGAUGAACUUGUGUCUUGAGUCGGAUCAUGGCUGUGAGCAAAUCUGCGAGAGCUCUCCUGGCUCCUACCAAUGUCUGUGUCUGCCUGGGUACACACUGAACGAGGAUGGCAAGACCUGCACAGCCAUCGAUCUAUGUGCAGAACAGAAACAUGACUGCGAACAGAUCUGCAUUGCAUCACCUGGAUCCUUCACGUGCGACUGCAACACGGGAUACACGCUGAACGACGAUAAAAAAACCUGCACAAUGAUCGAUUAUUGUUCAUUUGGGAAUGACAGCUGUGAGCAUCAGUGUGUCGGUGUGCUCAAUGGAUUUAACUGUCGUUGUAAUGAUGGAUACUCGCUCAAUGAUGACUUGAAGACCUGCACAAUGAUCGAUUACUGUUCGUUUGGGAAUGACAGCUGCGAGCACGAGUGUGUCAGUGUACUUCAAAGCUUUUACUGCCUCUGUCGUGACGGAUACACGCUCAAUGAAGAUGAAACAACAUGCACAAUGAUCGAUUAUUGUUCAUUUGGGAAUGACAGCUGUGAGCAUCAGUGUGUCAGUGUGCUCAAUGGUUUUAAAUGCCAAUGUAAUGAUGGAUACUCGCUCAAUGCUGACAAGAAGACCUGCAUAAUGAUCGAUUACUGUUCAUUUGGGAAUGACAGCUGUGAGCAUCAGUGUGUCGGUGUGCUCAAUGGCUUUUACUGCCAGUGUUAUGAAGGAUACUUGCUCAAUGAUGACAAGAAGACCUGCACAAUGAUCGAUUACUGUUCAUUUGGGAAUGACAGCUGUGAGCAUCAGUGUGUCAGUGUGCUCAAUGGUUUUUACUGCCAGUGUAAUGAUGGAUACUCGCUCAAUGAUGACAAGAAGACCUGCACAAUGAUCGAUUACUGUUCAUUUGGGAACGACAGCUGUGAGCAUCAGUGUGUCAGUGUGCUCAAUGGUUUUUACUGCCAGUGUAAUGAUGGAUACUCGCUCAAUGAUGACAAGAAGACCUGCACAAUGAUCGAUUAUUGUUCUUUUGGGAAUGACAGCUGUGAGCAUCAGUGUGUCAGUGUGCUCAAUGGUUUUUACUGCCAGUGUAAUGAUGGAUACUCGCUCAAUGAUGACAAGAAGACCUGUACAAUGAUCGAUUACUGUUCAUUUGGGAAUGAUAGCUGUGAGCAUCAGUGUGUCAGUGUGCUUAAUGGCUUUUACUGCCAGUGUAAUGAUGGAUACUCGCUCAAUGAUGACAAGAAGACCUGUACAAUGAUCGAUUACUGUUCAUUUGGGAAUGAUAGCUGUGAGCAUCAGUGUGUCAGUGUGCUCAAUGGCUUUUACUGCCAGUGUAAUGAUGGAUACUCGCUCAAUGAUGACAAGAAGACCUGCUCAAUGAUCGAUUACUGUUCUUUUGGGAAUGACAGCUGUGAGCAUCAGUGUGUCAGUGUGCUCAAUGGUUUUUACUGCCAGUGUAAUGAUGGAUACUCGCUCAAUGAUGACAAGAAGACCUGCUCAAUGAUCGAUUACUGUUCAUUUGGGAAUGACAGCUGUGAGCAUCAGUGUGUCAGUGUGCUCAAUGGCUUUUACUGCCAGUGUAAUGAAGGAUACUCGCUCAAUGAUGACAAGAAGACCUGCACAAUGAUCGAUUAUUGUUCAUUUGGAAAUGACAGCUGUGAGCAUCAGUGUGUCAGUGUGCUCAAUGGUUUUUACUGCCAGUGUAAUGAUGGAUACUCGCUCAAUGAUGACAAGAAGACCUGCACAAUGAUCGACUAUUGCUCCUUUGGCAAUCACAGUUGUGAUCAUAAGUGUGUUGGUGUGCUCAAUGGUUUCUACUGUCUCUGCAAUGAAGGAUACUCUCUACAGGAGGACGGAAAGACCUGCAAGUCGGAUAACUUAUGCAACACGGUUGAACAUGGUUGUGAGCACCAAUGUGUGAGCACUCCGGGAUCGUACCACUGCAUAUGUCCCGAGGGUCAUCUGCUCCAGGACGACGGCAAGACUUGCACAACAUGCCGAUCUUCCAUCAUCGACCUGGUCCUCCUCAUCGACGGCUCCAAAAGCGUGCGUCCGAAUAAUUUUGAACUCGUCAAGCAGUUUGUGAACCAGGUGGUGGAUCAGCUGGACGUGUCAUCUAAAGGCACACGCGUGGGUCUCGUCCAGUAUUCCAGCCGAGUUCGGACAGAGUUUCCCCUCAGCAUGUACCAGACGAAGGAUGAGAUCAAGAAGGCCGUGAUGAGCGUGGAAUACAUGGAGAAGGGAACCAUGACAGGCAUGGCUCUCAAACACAUGGUGGAAAACAGCUUCUCCGAGCCUGAGGGAGCCCGUCCGGCCCAGAAGAACAUCCCACGGGUCGGUCUGGUCUUUACUGAUGGUCGCUCACAGGAUGACAUUACAGAGUGGGCCAAGAAGGCAAAGGAUGCAGGAAUCACAAUGUAUGCAGUCGGUGUGGGCAAAGCCGUAGAGGAUGAAUUACGAGUGAUUGCUUCAGAUCCUGUGGAAAAACACUUCUUUUACUCGGCCGACUUCACUGCCAUCACUCAAAUCGCUGAGAAUCUCAAAUUCAACGUCUGCGCAGCUGAGAGUCAAGGGGAGAUUGAGGUGAAAGAGCCCUGCGCUUGUGAAAAUCUUGUAGAGUUCCAGGAGGCCACCAUGAACGCUUUGGGCCAACUCAACCAGAAACUGUCAGCUAUGACCAAACGAUUGGAGUUUCUGGAGAAUCAGCUGCUCACGAGAAAAUGAAUCAGCACUUCACAUAGACUGGCGAGGUCAAAGGGUCCUUUGGGUAUGAAGGGUCCCACAAUCAAACCAAAGUUCCUGUGCCAUUUUUGACAUGGUUGACAUUGUUCCCUAUUUAUACAUGACCUGUGGUACGGUUUAUAGAGAGGUUUGUAUUUAUAGUGAAAUUUAUAUUAGCAUUUAUACGCUAAAAAGGGAAGUGAAGUGUUUUACCACUUUUAAUAUCAUCAUCUCCAUACCAUUUAUAUCAGUUUUUGGUUUUGCAGUGGUACAAGAUUUGUGCACAAUGUAAAUAUGUGGAUCUGUAAUACUGGAGCAUGAAACAGUAUAUUGUUACUGUUAUUAAAUAACAUUUCUAUUAAAUAAGUACAAAUAUUAUGUUACAAACUAUUAAUUGCUCAUUUUACUGUUGUGUUAUAAUUUGAUAACAUAAAAUAAUGAAACGGACACAGUGAAUGAUCCGUUUCUAGAUAUUUGUUGAAUGUUAGAUUUGACUGCAAAGCAGACUUUUGGUCAAAAUUGAAAUGAAAACAAGGUGAUAGCGUACAGAAAUGCCCCUUUAGAUUGCAGUUUUGAUGUAUUAUCGAAGUGUAACGUACAUACACAGAAUCCGGUUACCUCAGAAUUCUGUGGCCUCAGGUUUUUUAUGUUUUUAUAAACGUCUGCAGAAAAAGUCCCAUUAUAAAGCUCUCAUAUGUGAAUUAUUGUACUUUUGAAUAUUUCCUAAU